AUGGAGGAGAUCCAGGCUCCAGACAUCCAGAGGCCCCAGAGUGCAAGAGCCCAAGGAGUACCACCCAAGUUGUGCUAUAGCCCUGCCCUGCCGCAUCAGUGCCAAGGUAUUAGGUGUCUCUUCCACCUCUGGUCAACCUUCAUAGAUGACAGUGAAUCGGAAGACUUUGUGCUUGAGAGGAGACUUGAAGCAAAAAUAGAAGAUUCAGCAAAAAACAACACAACACAACGCAUUGUAGCUGAGACCCCCAUGGCUCUCCUCUACAAAAAAGACUUCAAGAAGCUUCCUCGGUGGGAUUUUGAAGAUGUUUACAGCGAAGAUACUCAACAUAGACGACCAACAUGUGCACAGUCUCUACGAAACUCUCAGGAUGAGAAAUUUAAGAAGGCUUUUCUUCCUAACAUAUGUUUGUUUCUGCACAAAGACAACAUUAACAUGAGCGAGUGGAAUCGACUUUCACAUUUCAACAAUCCUUUUGGGUUUAUGGACUACAAAUAUGAUGAUGUGAUGGAUUCAGUGAAGCUGAUUCCAAAGCCAAAACAGCCACUGCUUCUCCCAAAACCAGGUGGUGAUGGCUGUGUGCGCUGUGCUGUGGUAGGUACUGGAGGAAUCCUGAACGGCUCAAAGAAGGGGGUGGAGAUCGAUAGCCAUGAUUACGUUUUUCGGAUCAAUGGUGCCGUCAGCAAGGGUUAUGAGGAGGAUUUAGGAAACAAAACAUCAGUGUAUGUUCACACAGCCCACUCCAUCACUACAUCACUCAAGAAGUUUGGGUAUAAAUCUGCCCCUCAUGAUGAGGGUAUAAAAUAUGUGAUGAUUCCUGAGGGGAUGCAGGAUUUCCAGUGGCUCAAGGGUCUUCUCAGAGGAGAAAAGGUCUCUGCUGGCCCAUACCGCAAUAAGCUGCCAAGGGACUACUAUUCAAGGCAGUACAACGAGAGUCAUUUCUACGUUCUGCACCAGGACUUCCUCCGAUAUGUGCGGAACAGGUUCUUACUGUCACCUAAUGUGAAUAAAACAUUCCAGCCUUUAGUCAGACCAACCAAUGGGGCAUUCACUCUCUUAUUGGCCCUGCAGACCUGUGACUCAGUGGAUGCAUAUGGACUUUCGACUGAUGACUACAUAAAAUACCCUAGCUACUAUGUUGAGAAACACAUGAGCAAAGUCAUGUUCUACCGUAACCAUGAUUAUAUUCUGGAGGAGAAUACAUGGAAAGACCUUCAUACCAGGGAAAUAAUGAGGCUGUAUCAAAGAACUGAGUCAAAGAAAGAGAAGGAAAAGCAACACUGA